CUUCCUUCUGCAGAUUUUUAGGGGCCUACAAGAAACGAAAACAAGGUGCAUGAAGCGGCUUUGCUACAUUUUGUAAACUAUCUGCUGGGCAACACGAACCGGCUGCAGCUUCUCAGCAAUAUAGGAAAUAAAUCACGAUUUUUUCAUCCAUACUGCAAAGAUGAUGCAGCUGUCUGUCAGCAGUAUCCCACAGUAAACAGAGGGAUGCCUCCAGCAGAGAGCAGCCAUGCCCAGCGCGUCCUCUCCUCCCUGAACCAGCAGAGGGCGGUGGGCAGGUUCUGUGAUGCAGUGUUGAAUGUGGGAGGGGGGGUGGUCUACCUGGCCCACCGCAGCAUCCUGGCCUGCUUCAGUGACCUCUUCCAGCAGUCCAACAUGGCCGCUGCACCCUGCAUGGAGUUCUGCCUGCAGGAGUGCCCCAAAGACGGCCUGGAGCUGCUGCUGAACUUCCUCUACACCGGGGAGCUGAAGCUGGAGGCUGACAACCUGGAGAAGGUUCAGCAUGCAGCCGCCAGCCUGGGCGUUCCUGAGGCUCUCUCUCUGUGUCAGCAGUUCAAGGAGAACCCUGCUGAUUCCCAGCCUUUCAAACGUAAAAGAGGCCGACCCAGGAAGUCCACAUCCGGAGAUACGAUCCCCAAUGUUCCAGUCAAAGAAGAGAACCUGCUCACAAUCACAAAAGUUGAGUCCAGCUUUGAUGCUACCACAGCUGAUUUAAGCAUGACCUCUGGAGCUGCUACCACCACCACUCGCUCUGGUCGUGUGGUGAAGGGCCCCCGGCGACUUGUGACCGAUGACAGCCAAACCACUGAUUUCACAGACCAGGAAAAAGGCGAUGAAAUGGCUCUACUUGGCCCCAACGAGGCAGAAAGUGGUGUAGAUGCUGUGGAGAGCCAAAACCCAGAUCAGCUGACUGGUGAAACUGAGGUAUCUGACUUGCAGAUUGACUUAAAUGACAACAGUGUUAACCAGGGGAUGGAGGAAGUAGAAGAAGAAGAGGAAGAAGAUGAUGUGGGGGAUUUUGAGGCGAUCACUGAAGACACAGAUGAAGAGUAUGUUCCUGUCGAAGAGCCCGGUUCCUUAUCCCCGUCCACUUCAACGGCACAGAAGCGCAAAGCUCAGAGUAAAACGGAUAAAAGUGAGAAUGGAGAGGCCGUGGAGGAAGACUCCAAGAAGGACUGUGUGCUGUGUCCCAUCUGUAACAAAUCCUUCAGGAGCAAAUACUACCUUAAAGUCCACAACAGGCGACACACAGGUGAGCGACCCUUUGGUUGCGCUAAAUGUGGAAAGAGAUACUUCAGGAAGGAGAAUCUGUCGCUUCAUGAGAUCAAAGACUGUGCUAAAGUGCAGACAUACACCUGCGUGACAUGCUCCUCCACGUUCAACGGGAAAGUAGAGCUGCGUUUGCACGUUGUGUCCCACACGGGGAAUAUGCCCCACAAGUGUUCAUCAUGUCCUGAACAGUUUAUGCACAAGAAAAACUUGACGAUUCACAUGAUGAAGGUCCAUGGUCAUCCCAAACCACAUGCAUGUUCCCAGUGCCCCAAAACCUUCCUAACUCGGACGGAGCUGCGUGUGCACGAAGCAGCCAAACAUCGAGGGGAGAAGCCGUUUGUGUGUGAGGAGUGUGGCCAUCGAGCGUCCAGUCGGAACGGCCUGCAGAUGCAUAUCAAAGCCAUUCACAGGAAUGAGCGGCCUUUCGUAUGCACCCUGUGUGGCCAUGCAUUCUCCCAGAAGAACAACCUGAACAUGCAUCUGCGUAUACACAGCGGUGAGAGGCCUUACCAGUGCCAUCUCUGUGGGAAGACCUUCAGGACUCAAGCCAGUCUAGAUAAACACCAGCGGACACACACUGGUGAGCGUCCGUUCAGCUGUGAUGUGUGUGAGCAGCGAUUCACAGAGAAAGGCGCGCUCGUCCGUCACAAGGCCAGCAAACACGAGGAGGGUCGACCCCACUGCUGUCAAAUCUGUGGCAAGACCUUCAAAGCGAGGGAGCAGCUGCGUGUUCACCUGCGUCGCCACAAGGGCAUGAGGAAAUUCGAGUGCAUAGACUGCGGCUACAAGUUCACUCGACAGGCACACUUGCGACGGCACACUCAAAUCCACAAACGCACGGAGAACUACAACCCCCGGCAGAGGAAGCUGAGGAACCUGGUGGUGCAGGACGUGGAGGGAAGUCCUGAUGAGAGCGAAGCUGCGAAAGACGAGGAAGACUCUCUGAUGGCCGGGAAGACCAAUUACAUCCCAGAGGCAACCGCUGACGUCCAGGAACCCACAAACCCAGAGCCAGGAGCUCUCGUAGUGAUGGAGUCGAGUGUCCCUGUGAUGGAGGAGGCGUCCAAUCAGAACCUGGGACACGUCGGGGCGGCGGAGAGCUUCUCUGUGCCAGAAGUGUUGCAGCAAACACAGCUGGACACCGAGGCGUUGGAGUCCACGAUAAAUGCAGAGAACGUUUGAGAACAUACCCCUCAGAGUUGAAGUCACUGUGAAGACCAUUUCCUAAUGAGAGCACUUAUCAUUAGAUGUGAUUUAAGGACAUCUACCGAUCCAAAGAUGGAACUGGAACAUGGCCAGCUACUUCUGAGUUUCUAGAGAAGAGCAUUACUAAUUAUCAGGCUUUUAUUUUUGGUAAAUUAACUGCAUGCUUGUGAAGGCUGCUUGAAUGUGAAAUGAUAUUGUUUUUGUAUUGCUUCCUUCCAUCUAUGUGCCUAUACUGCAGCUAAGGUAAUAAAUGCUCUUCAGUGGCGCUCUGUUUCCAUAUCAACAUUAUUUGGAAUCAAGACACUACACAGGUUAUUGUUUUAUGUUAAAAUACACAGCUUUAUAAGUGAAUGCAUUAGCGUACUCCUAUUUAUAAAAAUAUUGUCCCACUCAGCUGCAACUACUAUCCACUGUUUAUAAGAAAUAUAUUAGCAACAUGCUAAUCAAAUGUGACUGGGCUAAUGAACUCUCCUGUCUGCAGUUCAAUUUAUGCUAACCACAUUGUAAACAUUUUACAAACACAAUACGCUAGGUUAGGAAUAUACUGUAUUUACAAACUUGUGUGAAAACUAUACCAUAAAAACAUGAAA